AUGUAUUGCCGAGGCAGAUGUAUCUGGAAAGCUGUGGCGUUUAAUCCAAAAAUCCAGACACUCUUAGAAGGUACUGACGGCUCUAGUCAAUAUGCUGAACUAAAGGCGGUAAUCCUUGCCUUAGAACAUGAUCAAGAAGGACCAGCAGUACAUAUUUACACUGACUCGUGGGCAGUAGCCAAUGGAAUGGCAGUCUGGAUGCCAAAGUGGAAGGAUAAUCAAUGGGUGAUACAUGGAAAACCCCUUUGGGGAAAAGACUUGUGGGUUUGGAUAUGGGAAGAAGCACUUAAGAGACAGUUGUAUGUAAAUCAUGUGGACGCCCACAUGAAAACUACCAUACCCACUAGCACGAACAAUGCGAAUGUUGAUGAGAUGACAAGAGUUCGAGCUAUUGAAGUUCAGCAGUUUGCACAAUGGGCUCAUCAGAAAUCUGGACACCUAGGGGUGGCAGGAACCUGA